UGGCGCUACCAUUCCCCACCUCCCUGUGCAGCGGCCGGCCAGGCUCCUGUCGUCUCAGUGGAGCCCCGAGCCGCCACUGUGCGCCAGGGGGAGUCUGUCAGCUUCAGGUGCCAAGUGGGGCGCGGCGCGCAGCCGGUCCAGCUGGAGUGGAAGAGAGCCAACAACCAAGCAUUACCAGACAACGCUAAGAUCGGCCCCGAUGGCUCUGUGCUGACGGUUGCUAACACAAGACCUGGAAACCAGGGCCAGUACCGCUGUGUGGCCGCCAACUCCGCAGGCCGCAGCGCCGCCGCCGCUGUGCUCAACGUCAAGCAUGCUCCUAAAGUGCGGCUGACACCGGCGGGUCCCCUGCGGGUCAGGAUGGGUGACGCUGUGUCAGUGGAGUGUCGCGCCACAGGCAGGCCACGCCCCACGCUGACAUGGAAACGCCAAAGCUCCACCCUUCAGCUGGUUACCACGGAAAUAAACGAUGUCAACACCAUACAUUGGGCUGCAGUGCGUCCCGAGGACUCAGGGGUUUAUAUUUGCCAGGCUGAGAGCAGUGAAGGGGUGACAGAGGUUAAAAUUCAAAUCAUUGUUGAGGGGGGGCCUGGAGCACCAGUGGCUAUAGUGAGCGCUGCAAAAAUGACAGUGGUUGAGGGACAUACAGUCACAAUGGAGUGUCAGGCCAGUGGUUCCCCUCCUCCUGUCAUCACGUGGUCCAAGCUCCGAGCACCGCUGCCAUGGAAACACACAGUGGUUGGUGGUGUUUUGACGCUGACCAGCGUGGGGCGCCAAGACUCAGGACAAUACAUCUGUAACGCAACCAACAUACAUGGCUACAGUGAGGCGUACACGGAGAUGGAGGUGGACACUCCUCCAUACGCCACCUGCCUGCCUGAUCAGGUGAGACUUCAGCCCGGUGACUCACUGCGCCUACAGUGCCUGGCCCACGGCUCUCACCCCAUCCACUUCGUGUGGAGUCGGGUGGGCAGAGCCAACCUGCCUGCAGGGGCAGAGACCACGAAGGAUGGAAAGCUGCUGAUCGCCCGCGUUAAAUUGAGUGACACUGGAUCAUACAAAUGUGUGGCCACCAACCACAUCGGCUCCAGUGAGGCAUUGGCCAAGGUCAUCAUAAAAGCUUAAUCCAUUGUGGUCACACUGUGUCCGAUUGAAGAACCAUCUAUGCAAUGCUUAGAAUUUCUGCAAGCCUGAAUCCGUCAUGGUUAGAGCAGUUAGUGCUGAGAAAACAGACAAAAUUAUAUUUAAUAGAGUCAUAUAUUUUCAUGUAUGAAGGUGAAAGAUAUCAAUGCAGCUUAAAUGUUUGGUAUUAUUGUGCAAAGGGGGUUAAUUUUGUACUUUUAUAGAAAAUUGAUUCUGUUGCUAUUAUUGCUCCUGUCUCAAAUCUGCCUUUGGAAAGCUUUCCUCUGGAGCUGUGUGUGGACUGACAUCCUGCAGUGUGUGUGUGGGGUUUGUUUCUUCUGCUGGAAUACCUCUGCACCCUGUCUCCCGGCCUUCAUGUCAUCUGCUAAGUUUAUACUUUUGCCCUUUCAAAUUGGAAGAAUGCAGAAAACAAACAAAACCCCAGUCUAAUGCUGUUAAAUAUUUAAAUCAAUAAAGACGAAAAAAUUUGUCAAAAGUGUAUCCAAAUUAGGGGCUGUACAAAAAUUAUUAGUGGGGUAAGAAAAGUGGGAGGGUGCUAUAUUUUUUCUUUUGGCUAAACGAGGACUAGUUUGACUCUUUUGGAAGAGCAGGGUUAGAGAAGGGUGGUUUUUUUUUUCAGUCUUCCCUUGCAAUAUAGUUAACAUUAAAAUGAAUAGUUUAAUCAAAAAGGUGCACUUUACUAUGUGCAGAGGGCAGAAAUCACUUGAGACAAUUUGAACUUAUUUACUUAGUGGAGUUCCCCCCAGAAUACACUAAGAUCUUUUUAGUUAUUGUGAAUGUGAACAUAAUGCUGGGGAGUACCUUGCUUUUUUAAAAUGUGAAACAUAAGGUUGAGCCCCCACACCCCCCACCCCUCAUCCUAGUAAUGUUUGUACAGUCCCUUUAUGUUUAAAAUGUGCCGUCAUUUUGCUAUGUGACAGCCUUUACAUUUGAAACGCUAUACAGCUUUCAAAUGAGCUUCACUUCACAAAGUCAUUUCUUUAACCACAUGGUGGCAAUGUGUAGCUGUAAGGCAAACAUGUUGUCUUCAGGCCAAAGAAGAGCAAUCUGAGCCCUCAGACCCUCAACAAGUGUGGGGACAGAUGCAGCGGACAGUCAAACAAGCUAUUGUUUCCAAGCGACUCAUGGCAUCCAUACGUUAAAAAAAAAAAAAAAAUUAAAAGCAAAAACGUCUGGCUGAUCAUUGCAGCCCUCUGUAUAAAUACGGACUGUAAACUCCUGAACAGGCAAAGUUCAGUUUGAUCGGAUAAACACAUUGCAAAAUAAAGCACUGAUGGUUAGGCUGAUUAGACAAGAUUGAAAGCAGCUCUCACUAAAUGUGGUGAUAGCUCGACAAUCAGGGCUUGCGGCUGCGGAAGAAGAUUAUACAGCUACCAUUUCCAAAGCUGCUGCCAGAACUGAGCCUGUAUCUGCUGUGUGUUAUUGUGGCCUCCCUUGUAAAACGCCCAGCCUCCACAGAGUAACAGGCUUUACCCUCUCCACUAUUCCUCCUAUCUUUACAAGCAUCUUCAAAGCUGGGAAGGAAACAUCUGCCCUGUGUCACCUCACUCCACCCCCUCACUUCACAGACAGCCCGAAGGAGGGAGGGAAGAUGAAGGAGACAAAAAUCAAUGCCCUACAGAGGAUAGUAUAGGAGGGAAAUCUACUUACAUUACGGAUUGAGAGUGAUAAAGAACCACGGAGGUGAAAAGAGGGAAAGAAUGUAUCAGUGACAGAGAGGAAACUGUAAUUAAUUCAAUCUGAUCCCCUUCUUUCCAUCCAUAUGCCUUUGUGUACAUAUUAACUAGACAUGGACAUAUGCUCUCUAAUGGAGUCUGAUAUAAACAGAGAGAUUCAUGAGUCCAGAUGACGUUCCAGAAAACAGAUGUGCGCACACAUUCACACAGACAGUUUGUCAAAAUUUAAGAAGCAUUACAUUAGUUUACAUUACUGUGGAAGUAAACAACAUAGCUAGAUUUACCGUGGACCGCACAUUGCUUAUGUUAGCCUUAAGAGGUAAGGAAAGAAAAAAGAAAGUCAGCACACAAAUAUUCAUUUUCCGUCACACACUACAUUAAUUAUAUGGUAAAACCUCAUUUUUUCAGGAAGGAACCAAUGAGGUGAGUGGUUCCUCAGGAAGUCACAACUGGAAGUGGGGUUGCCUUCCAGGUUUGUUGCUAUGGUUUCAACUGGGCGAGCUCGCAUACACUGUGGUGUGGCAGCGGUUUGUAAAGACAGCAUCUUCUCCAGGACAUAGGAAGGCAGGCUGAUGGUGCGAUACGAAGCAGGAAUCCUCUUAUUAUGUUGAAAGAAGAAGUAACCCAUUGUGUAAUGGUGUUUAACUGCUGACAGGAAGGACAACUCUUUAUUUUGUUGUCACAAGCCAGAAAAAAAGGCUGGGAACUACUGCCCUUAAAGAAGUUUUUAGUUUGAGUGUUGAAUUCUAUAUUUUUCUUUGAUCGAACUGUAGUAAAAUGCCGGCUUAUACAGACACACAGGCCAAUAAAGGUGAAUGACACUGUGAGCGUCUACACUUUGCAGCUUCUGCAGAGAUUUGCAUUUUCACACUGAGACACCGGCACUGGCAGGAGAUCCUGCCCAAGUCGUGUUUAAAUAUCUUAAGCAGUGAAGCAAAUGGAACGGAGGGUUGUGAAAGUGUGGCUUUAACCAGGGUUUGUGGAAUCCCAAAACCAUGAUGUGGUCUUAGGAUAUUCCUAACAAACUAAAGAAUACAUCAACUACUGUAUAAUUCAUCAUCUCUAAAUAACCCGAGUUACAGUACUCUGCUUGGGUGUUUUCAUAAGUUAUUAAAUUAAAAUCUCACUUUCACUAUGUUGGGACAAAAUCUUUGAAAACCUUUAAGAAUCCUUUCAGAAUAAAGUCUUCUGAGAUUCAUACUGAAGAAUGGGGUCACUUUUGAUGUAUUUUGCAAAUUGAUUUUGAUUCUUUUAAAAGCAACUUUUUUUCCUCCUGAUUAUAUUUGUUUCACAUACUUAAAAGUAGGGUUGCAUGUUAAAACACAGCAAGCUCCAUCCAGCAACAAAGAAGCUGCUGCUACUUGUUGCUGGGCACUAUAACCACAAACCAGUGUCAGGUUGUUCUGUGAUCUUCUCCUCAGCACUUUACACUCAAACUGCAUAAUAAGCAAUAUUUAACACACACACAAUAUACACACGCUUUCACUGCCCCGCUUUUCUUUAUCGCAUUAUGUCACUGCUGUUUGUGGCAUCAGAAGGAAGUAACUUGAGGUUUGGAAAAAAAGUUGAGCAGCACUUCUUGCUAAAAAUAUUUGGUAUAAAAGCAGUAGCGAGAGGGAGGCGUACACCCAGAUCGAAAGCCACAGACACAUUGCAAGCUUGGUACAACAUGUACAGCAUAUUUACCUCUGUUUGUUAAGCCCAGCAAAAUAAAUGUUUUUGAGUAGUUUAGUCUGAAAGCUGAAAGGAUCUUUUUUAUUGUUACAAAGUGGCUCACAAAAUAAAAAGUAUUCUGUAGAGCAUUGUGUUGAUAAAACAACGGUAAAGCAACACUAAAAUGAGAAUGAAUGAAAUCACUUAUUUCCUUUGCAGUUAAUGUACUGUUAUUAUUGGGAUGUAAAUCAUUAAACUAAUGGUUUUGUAGUGAGCCACCAUCAAUAAAAAUGACAUAUGAAAAUAUGUUAUUUAUUAUUUGCCCAUGACAGGUCAUUUAAUGUAAUUAAACUAGAAUAAAGAUAUGAAAAUUAGUCAUACUGAGUCAGUUCUGUACAUUUUCACUAAGAGCAAGAAACUGCACAACCCGCUGCCUAUAAACUCUCGGUAUAAGGUAAUAUAUUUUGUUACACUAGCCCCUACUUUAAUGUCAUGAAGAUGUAUUAAGUUAGGAAUUAGGGCUAUUGGACUGGAGCAGGGAUAGGAAUUGAAUAAAUAGGUAAAAAUGUUAGAAAAGAGUUAAUAAAACAUACAAGGCCAACAAGAAGCGAUGACACGCCAGAGAAAAAAGAAGAUAAGAAAAAUGCGUACAAAAAAGGAUGUGAGGGGGAGGAAAGAGUAUGUGGCAACUGAGUGGAUAGCGACAAGGAGAUGGUAAAACUUCGUAAUUCAUCAAUCUUGAAGGCAGAGUCAGCUGUCCUCCUGGACUGGUGGAAGAUAAAAUAAUAUGAGAGAGUCGGUGAAAAACCGGUGAAAAGCACCAACACUGUUUUCCAAAGCUUGUCUGUCUCUGUGCCCGACUGAGUCUCAAGAUGUAAACGGCAACUGCAGCUGUAUGGUUAUGAUCCUGUUUCCAUUUGGAAAGUUCCUGUUUGUGUGAGUGUGUGUGCCAGCAGCUCUGAGCACUAGCAUCUGUACAUCUAUUAGUGUCAUAAAAAUGUAUUCAACAACAUUAAAAUAAGGUACAGAAACUUUCCACCGUACUAGUGUAAGGCAACAGUGAAGCAACUUUUACAUGCAGUAUGUCAUGACGAUGCAUUUUUUUAUCCUAGACUAGAGCUUGAGGAAUGAGUAAAAAAAUCUUUCUUUCAAAGGAACACUAAACUUGAGUGCAACUUGCGGAUUGCAAGAAAUAUAUUUUACUGAGUGUCUUUGUAGUUGACAGCAGCCGAAUAGCAUUUUAUUUACUAAUGACCCCUUGGGAAUCCGUUCAAACUCUCCCAUGACCCAUUGGUGGGUUGCGACCUUAAUUUUGAAAAACAGUGAUUUUAAAAUACUGUCUACUCUUUGACAGUAAAGCAUACUAUAACUUCUCCUUCUGAUCAGUCAGGCUUUGCGGUUGAAAAAACAAAACAAAACUACUGUUCAAGAGCACAGCUUAGGGGAGGGGGGCAAUAGGAAAGAAAACAUAGCACAACUUCCACAUAGAGAUGUAUAGUACUAAUAAUGAUAAUAAUGAUGAUAACAAUAACCAUAAUAAUAAUAAUUGAAGCAGUGUGGGUUGAGCAGGAUC